ACAAAGAUGGCGGCGCCCAUGUGAAAACACAGCAGUGAAGUCACGAGUGUACUUUGCCGAAUCUUAAAAUAUUCGGAUGAAGUGGUCGCUAAAAUAAACUAAGGAUAUUCGCUUGGAUGUGUGCGUGGACGUUUUUAUUGAUUUCGCUUUGUCGUUAAACUGUCAGCUAACCGAGAUUGGGCAGUGGUGCGCGCGUAGUGGUUGGUGUUCGCUGCACUCAUUUCGUGAAAAAUUAUGUCCAUAUAAGAACAUUCUUGCAAUGGCCACGCACAGAGAUGAUCAUCAAUGUUGUAACCACACUCACCAAUCUCCGGCAACACAGACACUUGAUGAACUGGACUUUGAGCGCGGUGUGUGGUCGGCAGCUUUGAAUGGAGAGACCCAGAAAGUCAGAAAGUUUUUGGAUAACGGAGGGGAUCCAAACGCCACAGACAGUUCAGGCUACACUGCUUUGCACUAUGCAAGUAGAAAUGGACAGCUGGAAAUAGUCCGCAUUCUACUCCAGCACCGAGCUAAUCCAAAUUGUGCAACGCGAUCAGGGGGUGUGACGCCACUUCAUAGAGCAGCCUACAGCGGCCACUUGGACGUUGUUAAAUUACUUCUCGACAGGAAGGCAUCGCCCUCAUUGCGUGAUCAGGACGGCAAAUGCUCACUCCACAAGGGAGCCGAGAGGGGACACCUGGACAUAUGUAAACUAUUAGUGGCAGCAGAUAGCUCGUUAGUCUCACUACAAGACAACAGAGGUCGACGCCCUGUGGACUAUGUCCCGGAGUCUAAUGUUCCUCUUCGAGAACUGCUGAAAGACAGGUGAACCGUGGAGGAAACAGAUGGACGUAACUCGAUUAAAACUAUUUUUUAUUUUGCCCUGGCAUAAAAUAGGUUAACCUGGCACACUUCAUUUAUACUAUACUGCAAUAUCACAAUGGAUGUUGUGGGAAUUGGGGCUUUAUUAAAAGCGUCUUGUAAAGCAGUGUAUUCGUUAAAUGAGAAAUGUUUCAUUGUUAGGUCAUGAUUCUUGAUUACAUUGUAAUAUUAGUAGGUACAAACUUUGUACCUUAAAUGAAUGCUCAUCGCCUCUGCUGCUUUCCAAAAAGGCCUUGGUUAACAUAUCAUGACCAAGAAAUGUAUUCAACCGACAGUAGAACUUUAGAAUUAAAAUUGUCGCUGUAAAAAUACCCUGGAAAAUACAGGUUCUGAUUUUACACUUGAUCUGGAAAUUUACAUUGGUCACGAAUUUCUGGUUCGAAUUUUUGCUAGACUUUUUAUUUUGAUAGAUUUCUUAUGAUUUUGCAUCUUUUAAAUUUUAUUAUUGCUUACAUUAUUUACGAUGUCUAAGUAUAUCCUUAUUUCAUUAAAAUACAUGUGUAUGCAUACAAACAUCAAAAUCCCUCAUCUCAUUUGGAAAUUACAUGUUGUACUUGCAUAACACUUGCA